UGUAACCGCUGCUGGCGGCGCAUGCGGGGGAGAACAGGAAAGGAUAGGAAGGGCUUGUGCUGCUGAUGCUGCCGUGUGUCGAAGAAAGGCGAAGCGCCUGCCUGACAUCGUGUGUCUGAUCUGCUCCUCUGCUUAUCUAUGAUGCGUCGGCGAAAGGAGCCCGACGAGGCCUCUCUGCAGGCAGAAUCUGAUGAGCCUCCCUCGCCGCAGAACGCCCUUAAGUCGCCGCGAGAGAUCUACAAGGAGUGGGCGCGGGAGCAGCCCGACCGGUUCCGGCUGCCGGCCGACUUCCAGGUGCACGAGAAGCCCCGGCAGAUCAUCUACGGCUAUGCCUUCUGUGCGGUGCUGCUUUAUCUGGGUUUCUACGCGCGGCCGCCGGCGACGCAGACGGGCGUGCUGAGGUAUGCGCUGGGCGGCGUGCUGGCCAGUGUCGUCCUCUACUCGUUCCUGCAGGUACGGCUCGGCUCAUGAAGGGUGUAAUGUGGUGUGGUGGAUGGGCAAGGUGGUGCAAGCGGAGUGGGUGAUGGUCCGUAUGUGUGUGGGUUCAGACUCGUGACGGGUUGCUUGUGCGGCCGCAUCCGGCCUUCUGGCGGUGUGUGCACGGCGUCUGCCUCUUCCACUGGUUCUUCGUCAUCGCUCUACUGCUGCUGGUGCGAGAGAUCGCAGGCCAAAGAGAGAGGACGGCGUGAAUGGCUGGUUGCCUGCCUGUUCAUCUGGGCGGGCAUUCUUAUGUGUGUGUAUGAGUGCAGACACCUGACCAGGGGCGCGAGUUGAUGUAUCUCAUCUUCCCCGGGACGAGGCCUGACCCAUCGCGGCGCAAGAAUGUCUUCGAUGUGAGUGGCGGACUGAGCCAGAGAGAGAGAGAGAGAGAGAGAAGCCCGCGAAAUGCACUUCUCACUGUCUGUCCAUGUGUGUGUGUGUGUGUGUGUAGGGCACGUUGGAGAUCGACUGCCGCAUCAAUCUGUCGACAGUCAUCCGUCAGAUCCAGACGCCAUGGUUCACCUCCCACAUCAUCGGCUGGUUCCUCAAGGUCAGCAGUACCUGACCGACCCCACACCUCCCCCCCUCGUGUGUCUGUGGAUGGAUGGAUGGACGGAUGGAUGGAUGAAUGUUGGGUCGCAGAUGUUGAUGUAUCGUGACUGGAAGUUUUGUCUUGUGCUGAGCACCAUGUACGAGCUGUGCGAGCUGUCCUUCCAGUGGCUCAUCCCCGAGUUCCAGGAGUGCUGGUGGGACAGCAUUCUCAUGGACUCCAUCGGCGCCAACCUCAUCGGCAUGACCCUCGGCGUCGGCCUCCUCAGGUCAGGCUAGAUCCUCACUCGAAGCGCGUGAAGAGUGUAGUGUGUCCAUGGUGUGUGUGUGUGUGUGUGUGUGUGUUUAGGUGGAUGAACGCGUGGGAGUUCGAUUGGGUCGGCCAGCGGCCGCUUUAUCAGCGCGCCCUGCUGCAGUUCACGCCAUUCUCCUGGUCAGAGUACCAGUGGGCUUUCUUCAAGUCGCCAGACCGGCUGCUCGCGGUGAGUCUAGUGAAGUCAAGGCAGGUCAAGUGGCAGAAACACAACACGAGCCGGACAGGCAGACGUGUGUCGGUUGGCUUGUCAACCAGGCAUUAUGGCUGCUGGCGAUGUCGCUGCUGACGGAGCUGAAUGUGUUCUUCUUUAUGUACUCGCUGGAGCUGCCGGCCAGCCACUUCAUCCACCCUCUCAGAUGCAUCUAUAUCUGCCUUCUCGCACUCGUGAGUCACACAAACAGACACACAGAGGGGGAGAGAGAUAGAGGGAGGGAGGACCAAGCCGCGCGCCAUUCAUGUCAUGUGUGUGUCAUGACAUGACUGGGUCAGAAUGCGGUGCCCGAGCACUAUGAGUACAUGAACACCCACGGCAAGCGCAUCGGCCACAACGAGUGGCUGCUGGGGGGAAUCAUCACCGUCGAGUGCCUCGUCAACGUCAAAUACGGCGCAUCCAAGUCAGUCAAGAGAUGGACACACAGACAGACAGACAGACAUUGCCUGUCCCUCUGGCGCAUCAUGUUGAUCAGGUGGGCGAGCAUCGUGCCUCCUCUCGGCGUGUGUGUGCCCUGGUGCGUGUCGCUGGUGCUCUUCCUCAUCUGGUGCACAUGCCACUUCGCCACGUGCGAGAGAGACGUGUUCGAGGGCAUCAAGCAGCCGCUGACCCAGACACACACACAAAACAGCGCCCAGCAGAAUGGAGCAUGCCACCAACACUCAGCAGCCGAGAAGGGGUGCUCUUCGCAACAAGUAGGUCAAGAGAGAUGGACAGAACGAGGUGCCUUGAUGGUGGAUGCCUCUGCUUUGCUGUGUGAUGGUUAAAACAGGCGGGCUGGCACUACGGUGUUGCGAGGGCGGUUGCGCGUGUGCCGCCGCUGCUGGUGUUCUCGCCCCUGGUGUACCUGUUCAAGUACUACGACUACACAUGACCACACGAGUGGCCACGUAUGUGUCCCACCCAGGAAGCCAGCCGACACAGCGAGAGGGGUGGGUGGCAGAGGAUCGGCUGCCUGGUUUUGCGGUGAUAUAAGUCCAGACAGACAGACAGACAGAUAGAUAAGGGAAGGCAUUUUCUAGUGAAGAAGAUGGUUCACGGUUGCCUGCCGUGUGCUUGUCUAAAGUUGGCUCGUCUCCGUGUGUGUGAUUGGGAGUGGCUGUCUGGCCGUACGAAUGGUGGCCUUGCGGCGACAGACAGUUUGGAUUAAACCAGACUGGCUUUCACCACUCGACCACCGUCCUGCCCCCCAAUCAGCCAUCCCAUUACUCCGACCCGUGUGCAUCAUGAUAUGAAUUCGCUGUUCGAGGACUGCAUGAAUAGACUGAUUCGAUAUUCGUUUCAUGACAAUGAGGAUCGACUUCAUUUUCGCAUCAUCCGGUGUCUUUG